AAGAUAGGUUACAAUUCUGUCAUCACAUACAUAGGGUUCCAAGUCAUUUUAUACACUUCCAGCGAGUUCCUUCCCCAAAGGUUUUGGGGUUUCUUGUUUUCCCCCUUUUCCUCUCCGCCAUAAAAUUGAUUUCGCAUUUUUCUUAAUUCCUAUUAUUCAAUCUUCUCAGUAUAACUUUGAAGAAAUAAUGGGGAGUGGAGAUGGAGAAGAUGAUCGGACGUUUAGGGUUAGUUUCACUGCUGAAGGAUUUGCCAAGUUACGGGAACGAGUUAGUGAGAAGCUUAAGGAGUUUAUGGGUGAUUACACUGAUGAUACUCUUGUGGAAUAUGUCAUAGUCUUGUUAAAAAAUGGAAGGCAUAAAGAAGAAGCAAGAAAGGAAUUGAAUGUUUUUCUUGGAGAAGACAGUGUCUCCUUUGUUGAUUGGCUAUGGGAUCACUUAGGAUCAAAUGUUGAUCUGUAUGUGCAACAAAAGGAUUCUGAUACAGGGGGUGGGGCAAAAACGAAACCUGCUAUUGUGGAACAGGCCGCAAAGAAUGAUAUGCACCACCUGGAUGCUGAUGCUGAUAAAGAGAAAUUAAACAAAUCUAAAAGCCGUCACCGAAGGGAGUGGAAAGGGGUGCUUAGCGACGGACACUCUACUCUACAUAGCUCUUUGGUUGAUAACACUCGUAAGGAGGAGGAAGCUCAUCGAAAAGUUGGUCAUGCAAAGCGAUCCCUCUCCCCCCAGCCAGAAUUUCAGAGAAGAAGAAGACGAGCCGAAGAAAAACCAAAAAAGAGGGAAACCAUUCACCAACCAGCAAUUGCUGCUACUCGGAGAUUGCUGCAAUUUGCAGUAAGAGAUGCCGUGGGUACUUCUAGGCCACCCAGUUCUACUCUAGCUCCCUCACCUUCUUUAAAGCGUCUUCGCUCCGUGGUCUCUAUGUCUGUGGAGGACUCAUCCCUUCAGGAACGCCCACAGAGGAUGCGAUCAGUUGCAAGAGCAGCACCUUCCCUGGCCACUGCUGUUAAAGCUGCUGCAGAAGCUGCAAAGGAUGUAACAAAAGUUAGAUCCUCUGCUAAUGUGUUUGAUAGGUUGGGUCCGGUUACUGAUGUUCGCGAUCCUUCAAUCCAAUUGGAAGAAUCUAGGCAAGCUAUUGCUGAAGAUGUACAAGAUCGAUCUUUUGCUGAUGCAAACGAGGCAUACUCAACUUACAUUCACAGAAGUGAUUAUAGUGGGAAGCAUAUUGGGAAACCUAUGUUACAUGAUGAUGCUGUGGUUUUUUAUGAUUCAACAUUGGAUGAUGAGGCUGAUCGUGGUAGCAGCUUAGUGAAUAGAAGGGCUAUGGAUGCCUCUAGAACUGGUGUAUCUGUUAAAAACAUAGGUGAGAAUGCGCUUAUAAUCGAGCAUGGGGUUGCUUACAAUGAGGAUGAUAUUUUGGACAAGUCACAGAAUGACAAGGAUCGACCUACAUUUUCUCCUGGUGCUCCUCACCAGCCAAUAAAUAUCCCAUUAAAUGUGAAUACCUGGAAAUCACCUCAGUAUAAGGAGGCAAGACAGUCAUUAGAGAUAGAUGGUCGCAGAUCUGCACAAAGCAGUGAAGGCUUUGCCGAGAAACCUGACAUGCCGUUGACAAAAGAAAGAACUAACUCUAUUGCAGUUACUAAUGGAAUUGUCAAACCAUAUGUGGACACACAGAAGGAAUUUCAAAAGACAGCUUCUGUUAAUCAAGGUUUGUAUUCUACUGGUCCACCUACAGAAGAUGCUGAUUCACGGACCAUCUUUGUCAACAAUGUUCAUUUUGCUGCUACAAAGGAUAGCCUUUCUCGGCACUUUAAUACAUUUGGGGAAGUGCUCAAAGUGGUCAUCCUGACUGAUGCAGCAACUGGGCAGCCCAAAGGGUCAGCUUACGUAGAGUUCAUGAGAAAAGAAUCUGCAGAGAAUGCGUUAUCUCUUGAUGGAAAAUCGUUCAUGUCACGCACUCUGAAGGUUGUGAUGAAAAGCUCUGCUACUCCUGAAGCAGCGUCUGUCACUGUAUGGCCUCGUGUUACAAGAGGUGGUCCCUAUGCUGUUUCUAGGUUUGGUCGGGUUCCUUUUCCUAGAGGCAUCCCCACUUUGUACAGGUCCCGGCUCCCAAUCAGGCCUGGUGCUAGAAGUAUGCAAUGGAAACGAGAUGGUCAGCCCACAUUUACUGAGAACUCUGGUUUGGCUACACCCUCAAGUAAUGCAGUUCCAUCUCCCAUUCUUCGGAAUAUGACAUAUGUACGAACAGAAUCCAAGACAAAUGGAAAUUCUAGUGUGGCUUAGUUGAUUAUAGCAGUUAUCUCCGUCCUAUCUCUCCGAGAAUCCAGCUCUUUUUGAGAAGGGUUGAAGUCCAACAUACUUGGCAAUGUGCAUGAUUGCUUCAUCUGGUGAAUCAGCCAAGUUGUCACAUAAUCACAAACGAAGUGUUACUGGUUUUGCUUUAUCUUUUUGUUCUUUCCAUAGAGUUGGGCGGAGGAGGCAUUGGGUAAAUGUUUUUGGAUUAGGUUUUUGAAGUAAUUCUUAUUAGGUUGUUGGAGGCAGGUGGCUGAAGGAGUUGUCUAUUUCGAGCUGGAAUCUGUGAAUAGGUGGAUGGUUGUUUAUUGGAUUUGGAUUAGAGACCUUUUAAAUUUCGUUCUUGAUAAAUCAAAAAAAGAGAAAAAAAGUUUAGAAGAGGGAAAAAAGUUAAAAAAGAAAAAGCAAAGUGUGCUUCAAGUCUUCACUUCGUUUUACAUUUUGUGUUUUUGUCCAAUAAUAUGCUUGCUAGUUGAGAUCUGCAAUCAGUGCUAAUUAGUCGAAUGUUUGACAUUGUUGUUAUUGGAGCCUUGAAAAGAAAUGCAGAUGCCUGAAAAGGACUCGAAAAUUUAUUCUAUAAAAUUUCUAUGGUUAUUUUGUCAAGAA